AUGACUGCAUAGACAUAUUAGCAAUUUUCCCGUUUCUUCUUCUUCCUCUCCAAGCGGGAAACAGCACUCUGAGAAAACAAAGAGAACAGCUAUGGCGCCAGUUAUGCAAAGCUCUCAGCCAUGGGUCGAGAAAUAUCGACCGAAGCAAGUGAAGGAUGUAGCUCACCAGGAUGAGGUCGUUCGAGUCCUCACCAACACUCUCGAGACCUCUAACUGCCCGCAUAUGCUGUUUUAUGGUCCUCCGGGAACUGGAAAGACGACCACUGCUCUUGCCAUUGCCCAUCAGCUUUUCGGACCUGAGCUGUAUAAGUCGAGGGUAUUGGAGCUAAAUGCUAGUGAUGACCGUGGUAUCAAUGUAGUUCGCACAAAAAUUAAGAACUUUGCUGCUGUUGCUGUAGGUUCUAAUCGGCAAAGUGGUUAUCCUUGCCCACCUUUUAAGAUCAUAAUUCUUGAUGAAGCAGAUUCAAUGACUCAAGAUGCUCAAAAUGCCUUGCGACGAACUAUGGAGACAUAUUCAAAAGUUACAAGGUUCUUCUUCAUUUGUAAUUACAUCAGCAGGAUCAUAGAGCCACUUGCUUCCAGAUGUGCGAAGUUUAGAUUCAAGCCACUUCCUGAAGAAAUAAUGGGCAGCCGAAUAUUGCAUAUUUGUAAAGAGGAAGGUCUUAAUCUAGAUUCAGAGGCUCUUUCUACCCUCAGUUCCAUUUCUCAAGGUGAUUUGCGAAGGGCUAUUACAUACUUACAAAGUGCUGCUCGGUUAUUUGGAUCUUCCAUAUCAGCAAAGGAACUGAUUAGUGUGUCUGGGGUCAUCCCAAAUGAAGUUGUUCAAGCUAUAUUCUCAGCUUGCAGAAGUGGCAAUUUUGACUUGGCAAACAAAGAAGUGAACAAUGUCAUUGCAGAAGGAUAUCCUGUUUCUCAGAUGCUGUCUCAGUUGUAUGAUAUAGUAGUUGAUGCAGACGACAUUUCUGAUGAACAGAAAGCAAGAAUAUGCAAGAAAUUUGCUGAAGCAGACAAGUGUCUUGUUGACGGAGCGGAUGAGUAUUUGCAACUUUUGAAUGUUGCAAGCAGCACAAUGCAAGCGCUUAGCAACAUGCCACAGGACAUGGCAUUUUGAAUUUGUAUUCCUCUUAUCAAAACUUCUUGCUAAGUCACAUUAAUCGACGGCUUAUAUGGUUUAUUGGAAAGUCUGCUUUGUAGUCUUU